AUGGCUACUUGUACAAUUACUUCAUCAGGUGGUAAUGAUCCAUCAUUAGUGAAAUUACGUAUUCCAUUGGAAAACAAGAGAGAAGAUUAUAAUGGUCGUUCACGUAUUAUUCUUGUUAUCGAUCGAUCUGGUUCAAUGGCUGGUGGUCCAUGGACACAAGUACAAUCGGCAGCAAAAGCAAUUCAAGAAAUAAUUCAACAACAGGAAUAUGGUGCUGACUGUGAACCUAUUGUAAUAACAUACAAUAGUACUGUAUCGGUGACAAAUCUAUCAAAUUUUGCAAGAAUAUCAGCUGAAGGAAAUACCGAUUUCAUAAAAGCUUUUGAACAAGUUCGAACAACAGUACAAAGUGUCGGUAGUGGAAAACGAGUUGUUAUUAUAUUUAUGACUGAUGGAUGUGAUACAUGUAAUCGUGCUGACGCAAUUGUUGGUGCACAAAAUAAUUUACGAUUAUUUUUAAGAAAUUGUGGUUCAAAUUGUAUUGUUCAUGUUAUUGGAUAUUCAAAUGCUCAUGAUUUGAAUAUGAUGAAUACAUUAAAAACAUUAGGUUCGAAUGAAGGUGUUUAUCGAUAUGCUGAAGGAUCAGCAGGUUUAGACGAAAAGUUUCGUGAAUUAUUCGAAUUUGCUGGUACUACUGUUGAAUUGACACUAAAAAUGGUCAAUAUGACAGAUCCAAUCAAGAUGACAGGUGAAUUUAUUGAUGGGGAAUAUGUUGAUGCCGAAUAUUGGAUUUCAUUGAAUGAAAAGAAUGAAGAAGCUGUCACUGUUAAACUUGGUGCCAACGAACAUCGUAUUGUGCCAACAUUUGAACAAGCUAAUGCAGUUUUUUCGAUAAAAGCUUUAUCAAAUCGUGCCAAGAACAUAACCAAUCAACAAGAACUUGAUCAAAUUCAAUUAGAAUUAAAUGCAAUUGAAAUGUUUGGGGACAAUUUGGUUGGUAACAGAGUCGAACGUGAAGCUGCAGUCGAAGCUAGGGCUGAACUUCAAGCACGUCUUAAUAAGAUGCAUACUAUUAUGGGAGAUAUUGCACGUGGUACACUUAAUCAAACAUCUGCUUUGGCAAAAAUGAAUGAUCUUCGAUAUGCUGACAAAUUUUCAAAACUAUCCCGUCAACGUCGAAUGGAUCAAAGAGCAGUAAGAAAUAUGGCGAAUCUUAAAUUAAUUGAUGGUAAACUUGACGCACUAAAAUUCGAUCCAAUCAAUGAUUUUGCUAACGUCGAUCUCUCAAUGUUUACUUGUUGUUUAACUCUAAAAAACUGUCGUGAUUUAAUGGUAGAUAGUCGUGAUGAUAUAAUGGGUAUUGGGAUUGUCGUGAAACGCAAAGAAUUGGUCGUCGAUACUCCAACAUUGAUCUCAAUCAAAAGUGUUUCAGUUAGUAUUCUGUCGCGUUCAGCAUGUGAUGAUGCAACCAAAAUGAAACUAGAUAUUGAUAAAGAAGCUCAACCACAUGGUGGAUUUAUAUUACGAAGACCGAUCGAGUCUACAGCAACUAGAAAUGUUGUUCAACAAGUACUUACAGAUGAUUCAUCGGUUAUUACUCGUGGUGUAGCUGCUGAACCAAUCAAUGCUUUUUUGCCAUUAUACAUAUGUGAUGCACAUUUUGAACGUGUCAAAGUUAUGUUAGAACCCAUGCUCGGAUAUUUAUUUACACUUGAUAUUGCUGGUUACUCACCUAAUCAAAUCUUAGGUCUUUAUUCAAUUCUUGGACAAAUGAUGAAUGACAGUGAACCAAAUGCAUCUGAACGACAAGAAUUUAUUUUGAAAGAAUAUACACGUCUUUGUCAUGAAUUACUUGAUCAAACACGUCAAUAUCUGGGCGAAGGAAAUGAUAUUUUACAAAAAUUUAUCGAUAGUCCAGCUGGUCGAACGAAAAAUCAACUUCCAAGUAUGAUGACACUCUUUGGUUACAUGCAUGCUAUCGGUAUCGAUAAUAUUGAUGAAUCACUUCGAUAUGCUAUUGUACAAGAAUUAUAUCGACGUCAUUUCUUAUACAAAUAUCGUGAUGCUAUACCAAGGGUUAUUGAUGGACAUCUCCGAGAUUUACUUUAUUCCACAGAUGAUCAGCAACAAGCAAAUGCCAUCAACUAUAAUCAACAAACUAUCACUCCUAUGAAUAACAAGAUACGUGAAAAAAUGGCUGAAUUAAUCGCAGAUUUUGAUGUUCAACGUUCUCAAAAUGUAUUAAAACGAUUAGGAAUUCAAUUAAUGGAUAUAACAAAUGAACAAGAUUGCCUUAUUCUUCGACCUAUGUUAGUUCAAUGUCUGCGCUUCUAUACGAAUGCUGCAAUGAAUGCGGCCAUUAGUCACAAUACUUUUCUCGAUGUGAUUAACGAUCAUGAACGCAUUUUGAGCAGUGUUCAGUUCAAAACUCGGAGAAAAUAAAAAGAGCAUAAACUUUCUUUCUCUAAUAAACAUGAUUCUGUUUUUUUUAACGAUAAUCAUGAUUUGUUUUUGCUUUUUAUUCGAUACAAUAAAAGAUACUUGACAAACUGUCAAGUAUUGAUUGGUUUUUAUAUAAUCAUUCCAGGGUCUGGCUGUGGCUGUGGCUAAAAAGAGCACUCACACCCACACCCUAAUCUAAAAAUAUUUGCCAUUCUGCAACUCACUAUGGACAAUGCUAUGCUUUACUUCGAUAGGAUUAUCAUAUAAUGAUUGUUCAAGCCUUCACUGUUUGAAUUUGGUGAUGAAAAAGAUUUUUGAUUGUACAAUCUAAUCGAGAAUAUUGGUAACUGUAUCCUUAGCAAUAAGAUAAAGCAUGAGGAGUAGGGUGUGAGUGUGGUGAUGUGGGUGUGGGUAACUCUUUUUUUGCUUCUCAUCCACACCCACUCCACACUCUUCUAUCGGAAUCCGUGACAGAAUCAAAAGAGAAGUCCAUCGACAUGUCUGUGAAGUUCUUCGAGUCAAAGUGCAUUUAUUAACUAUUUAUUUUCAACACUCAUGCGAUUAUAUUACGGUCCUAUGAAUUACAAAAGUCCAAAAUUUUGUAAAGCAUUUCAAAUAUAUGCCGUUAAGAAAAAAACCCAAAAGAACGAUUUAACAGUAAGAUCGACAGACUUCACGACUUUUGAAGAGAUGAAAUGUGUUGAUGAGAAAAUACAUCGUUAUGGCACCACUCGCCGCACCCAUUCUGAAGACAGCGCCAAGCCAAAAUAAUCCACUUUCACGUUUGUAUUCUU